AUGGGAGUGAAGAAGAAGCAAAGCAGGAGACUGACAACCAGGAAAAGGAAGAGUAUUCUGAAGAAACUGAAAGUUGACCAGAUCAAGAAAAUACGAUCGAACAAGAAGAUGAUGGCGAAGGUUGAGAGAAUUCCAGCAUCAGUACUUAAGACUGAUGAAGAGAUAAUGCAGCUUGAGGAGAUAAAACGGUUGUCCAAGAUAAGAAAGACUGAGUAUGAAGAAAAGAUGCGGAACACAGUGAAAGUGGUGGAAUAUGUUGAACAGAUUGAGAAGAUGAUAAGCAAAUGUGAGACGGUUGUUGAAGUAAUUGAUGCCAGAGAUGUGGAGUCGAGCAGAAGAAUGGAUGUUGAGCAGAUGGUUAUUGAAAGAGGAAUAAAGCUGGUGAUUAUGCUGAACUUUGUUGAAUAUGUUCCGAAGGAUGUUGUUGAGAGUUUGAAGAAUGAUUUAUGCAAGAAGGUGGGUGAAGCAAUGAUACGAACGCCUGAAGAGAAUGAUUGGGUUGAGGAGGGAAUGAAAAUUGGAGUUUUUGGGAACAGUAAAUGUGGGAAGAAUUUUGUUAUUGAAAAGAUAUCGAUAAAUAGUGGAAUUAUUAUGAAUGUGGCGAUGACAGUGAGUGUUCCACCGAAGGAGGUAUGUGCGCUGAGUAUUAUUCGUGGAUGCCACAGCCUAAGUGAUGUCCCGUUUAGAAAGUAUAUAAAUAUGAUUACCGAGAUGAUUGAUAGGAAUGAGGUCGCUCGUCAUUAUAAGAUUUGUGGAUUUGAAUCUGGAGACGAGAUGUUAGAGUGCAUCUGUAUGGAGUAUGGAAUUGAUAGAGAUGACGAAAAUGUCAAGUUCCUUGAGGCAGGGAAUAGGUUUUUAGAGGAGUUCCAUAGAAACAAGAUUUUGUUUUGGAAAGGUAUUGAUGGAAAAGUGUGCUUUGAGUUUGUGAGCACAGGAUAA